AUCAAACCCUUCAUCAUCUUCUUCCUCAUUCUCUCAAACUUCAUCUUUCAUCUUUUGCUUCCCUCACAAUGAUCACUAAUGAAGUCCCACAACCAAACCCUACUUCCGAACAGAUCCUCGACUGGCUUGAAGACUCGGUUUCUUUCUUCCCAUCCUUCUUGGAUGAUCCUUACCACUCCAAUGAUUAUCAAUGGUGGGAAGAAUCCCAAGAUCUCAUUCAUACCAACUCCAAUUCACUCACCAACAACGCUAACAUUGUUGUAGCAGAAGAUCCAGUCGACUCUAUCACUCAGUUGCCACCAUCAGAGGCAUCCAAGAAGAGAAAAUCCCCAGACGACCCGGUUUCGGAAACGUCAUCGCACAUUGACCGGAAGGCAAACACCGGCCGGCAUGUCAACAAGGUCGAAAAAGAUAUCAAGAAAGCAAUUGAUGAAGUGGCCGCACAGCCGGCGAAGAGAACAAAUAACAACAAGAAAGGAACAGGGAAAGGUACUGGAAAUAACUGUAAUAACGGCAAUAGCAAGGAAGGGAGGUGGGCAGAGCAGUUGCUUAACCCCUGUGCAUCAGCCAUAACUGGUGGGAAUCUGACACGUGUCCAGCACCUCCUCUACGUCCUCCACGAGCUCGCCUCACUCACCGGCGAUGCCAACCACCGCUUGGCAGCUCACGGCCUCCGAGCUCUGACUCACCACCUGUCAUCCAACUCUUCCUCCUCAGCUCCAAAUGCCUCAGCCUCAGUAGGAAAUGUUGUCACGUUUCCGUCAACAGAACCAAGAUUCUUUCAGAAGUCUCUGCUCAAAUUCUACGAGGUGAGUCCAUGGUUUGCUUUCCCUAACAACAUAGCCAACUCUGCAAUUCUACAAGUACUCGCCGACGAGCCUAAUCGAGCUAGUACUCUUCACAUUGUUGACAUUGGGGUUUCUCAUGGUAUGCAAUGGCCGACUCUGCUCGAAGCCCUAACUCGCCGUUCAGGUGGUCCUCCUCCAUUGGUGAAAAUCACAGUCAUUGGAGCUUCCACAGUCGAGAAUGAUCAAAACUCUGAAGCACCAUUUUCGAUUGGUCCUCUUGGUGACAAUUACUCUGCUAGGCUACUCGGUUUUGCGAAAUCAAUGAACAUCAACUUACAAAUCAACCGCCUCGACAAUCAAUCAUUGCAGACAUUGAACUCUCAAGUCAUUGACGCCUCUAGUGAUGAGACAUUGAUCGUUUGCUUGCAGUUUAGACUUCAUCAAUUGAACCACAAUACUCCGCCGGGAGAAAGAACCGAGUUCUUGAGUAUUUUGAGGAACAUGGAGCCGAAUGGGGUGAUAUUAAGUGAGAACAAUAUGGAAUGUAGCUGCAAUAGCUGUGGGGAUUUCGCUACAGGGUUCUCGCGGCAAGUGGAGUACCUCUGGAGGUUCCUAGACUCAACUAGCGCGGCGUUCAAAGGGCGUGAGAGCGAGGAGAGGAGGGUGAUGGAAGGAGAGGCAGCGAAGGCUUUGACCAACCGCGGCGAGAUGAAUGAAGGGAAAGAGAAGUGGUGUGAGAGAAUGAAGGGGGUGGGGUUUGUUGGUGAGGGUUUUGGAGAGGAUGCCAUUGAUGGAGGGAGAGGCUUGUUGAGAAAGUAUGAUAGUAACUGGGAAAUGAGAGUGGAUGAGAAAGAUGGGUGUGCAGGAUUGUGGUGGAAAGGUCAGCCUGUUUCAUUUUGUUCAUUGUGGAAGACUGGAAACCAACAUAAGUUGUGA